AUGUUUCGUGUGACGCUGCAUCGCGUUCUUGCAUCCACUGCAUCUCGUGCAUUCAGCACGUCAAGAACGACUUGCAAGCCACUAGAGCUUGCUCACGAAGUAUUUGAGCCAUCCCCAUCUGAUAGGCCCAUGUUCCAAAAGACCAGUGCACUUGUGAUCUGUCAUGGUCUCUAUGGAUCGAAACAAAACUGGCGUUCGCUUGCCAAGGCCAUGGUAAAAGAAUUCGCUUUGCCUAUAUACACACUGGAUAUGAGAAAUCACGGCUCCUCGCCUCAUGCAGACACGAUGACCUACCUCGACAUGGCCGGUGACAUUGAAAAGUUCUUCUCGGAUAAACAGCUCUCGAAUGUGACGCUGAUCGGUCACUCCAUGGGAGGAAAAGUUGCACAAACUAUGGCAUUGAACCCAAGGCUACCAAGUCAUGCCCUCUCGCACCUUAUUAGUGUCGACAUGACGCCAGCUGCCGGUCCCAUUUCGCCUGAAUUUAUGCGGUAUGCUAGAUGCAUGGUGGAGAUCAACAAGGAGCAGGUACAAUCACGCAGUGAAGCAGACAAGAUGCUGAAAGAAAUCGAGCCGAAUCUGUCUGUGCGCCAGUUCCUGCUCACGAACCUCGAGCGCCAAGGAGAAACAAUGCAGUUCCGCAUACCCGUGGAAAAGAUUAUGCACGCGCUCCAGGAGAUUGGUGAGUUUCCCUAUGCCCCUCCCGUCGAUGAGCAUUCCGCUCCAGAGCGCCUAUGGAAUGGCCCUACCCUGUUUGUCAAGGGCGAGCGCAGCAAGUACAUCAACCGCCACAAUAUACCGCUGUGCAAGGCGUACUUCCCAAGUAUGCAGCUCAAAGUUCUUCCGACGGGCCACUGGUGCCAAUCCGAAGCACCAGGUGCAUUUAUCGACACCGUCAAGGCGUUCCUUCUCCAGUAA